GGGCCGCUCACAAGGCAGCGGGAGGAUGGGUCGGAAAUGACGCAGGAGGAAGUUCCGUCCCGUUUGAAAGCGCCUGGCCAAGUUGCCGGUGGCGUUUUCCCGCCGCCCAGGCCGACAUGGCCACCUUCGCCAUGGAGCCGCCGCCCACAGGAGCUGAGCCAAUGACUCUUGGCUCCCCAACAUCUCCGAAACCUGGAGCUAGUGCUCAGUUUCUUCCUGGAUUCUUGAUGGGUGAUUUACCCGCGCCAAUGACUCCACAACCACGUGCUCUAAGUGGCCCUUCAGUUGGUGUAAUGGAAAUGAGGUCUCCACUACUUGCAGGAGGAUCUCCCCCACAACCAGUAGUCCCUACCCACAAAGAUAAAAGCGGUGCUCCACCAGUUAGAAGCAUAUAUGAUGAAUUAUCUAGUCCUGGACUUGGAUCAACACCUUUAACCUCAAGAAGACCUGCCAGCUUUUCUCUAACACAGAGUCCGUUGGUUGGAACUAUACCAUCAACUCCUGGAACAGUUUCAAGUAUGUUCAGUCCUGCAAGUAUUGGGCAGCCUAGGAAGACUACUCUGUCUCCUGCUCAGCUAGAUCCUUUCUAUACUCAGGGUGAUUCCCUGACUUCAGAAGAUCAACUUGAUGACACAUGGGUAACUGUAUUUGGAUUUCCUCAAGCGUCAGCUUCGUAUAUUCUUCUACAGUUUGCUCAGUAUGGAAACAUACUAAAACACGUGAUGUCCAACACAGGAAACUGGAUGCAUAUUCGGUAUCAGUCUAAGCUUCAAGCCCGGAAAGCCUUAAGCAAAGAUGGAAGAAUUUUUGGUGAAUCUAUCAUGAUUGGUGUCAAGCCAUGUAUAGAUAAAAGUGUGAUGGAAAACUUUGAAAGAAGCUCUACAUCCUCGGUGUCUUCAGUUUUCAGUCCGCCUGCAAAAUCUAUCGGCACGCCAGUACAACAUGCAAAUAGUACUACAAGGAUUGCUACAAUGAGACCCCUUGCAACGGCAUAUAAAGCUUCUACUAGUGACUAUCAGGUGGUUUCUGACAGGCAAACUCCUAGGAAAGAUGAAAGUAUUGUAUCUAAAGCAAUGGAGUAUGUGUUUGGCUGGUAGUACACUAGAAGGAACACACUAAGUUGGUCAGCGUUUGAAAUGUGCUACUGGCAUCUGUGGUUAGUUCUAUAACUACGGGUGACUAACUUACAACUCACCUGUUAUGCCUUCAGUUAAUUCAGCAGACGUGUAGCUUGCACUUUAAACGAUGGCAGUGUACACACGGUUUCAAAAACUAAGUGUAAAUAUAAGUGCUUUGUCCCCAUUUGUGUUCUGGUUGCAUGAUUGUAGAAAAAAAUAUCAGCACUGACUUUUCCUCUAAUUAAUUUCUGCGACUUAGUUCCCAGGAAGUUGGAAAUGUUUAAAAUGACAGCUUUAUUACUGAUGCCUUUUUUUUUUUUCUGGAAAGGUAAUAGGUUACUUGCAGGAAGAACACUACGCACAGCUGGUUCCCAGGGACAAGGACUGUUCUUAGUUUAUGUGACUUUCAUUUUUUGAUUUGCAUUCAUUGCUGUUCUAUAAUUAUCAUCUGUUCUAAGUGUCACAGCAACCUUUUAACUCUUUGUUUUAAUAAUAAAGCUAAAUAAAGUUAAAUUUUUCAUAGAUAUUUUUUAAAACAAGUUCCUGUUAACUACUUGCAGUACUCAUAACUGUUAGGUAUGAUGCUGCCUAAUGUUUACUGAAGCUGAGCAGAUGCUGCUGACUUUUACUGAAGUAGUGCCAAUCAGUGUUUCAACUAGCUAACGUUUAACUGUCAUCUCCAUGGAUAUUCUACAGCAGUGUGCACUUAACAGGUAACAAAUUGGAGUGUCCCAAGCUAUAAAAUUGAAAUAGUUGAAUAGAAAAACGCAAUAUGUCAGUGACCAGAGCUGCUUUCAUUUCAAAACUCUUCUAAGAAAUAUUCUUCAAGGUAUUGACUGAAUUAUGAUUUCAAAGUAAAAAAAAUGAACUUUUCUCCCUUGACAUUUUCUUGUGAAGGUGAGCCUCUCAAGUAAUCAUGUAUGUCAUAUAAGCUCAUAGCCUUUAAGACAAAGGUCUCUUUUAUGUGGUAAGACAGCCAUUUUUUUCUCCAAUGUUUGGAGAAACUGCAUGCAACUACUAUUUUUUAAUUUUGUGGCUGUGUUAGUGUGGAUCAACAUCAUUUCAGUUUGGAUCAAUAGCAUGUGGGUCAGGUGAGUAUCUAGUGAUACCCAUUUCCAUGCUGUGCCUCACACUGCAAUGUGGUUUUCAACUGCACCUCUGAUGAAAUUAGAUUGAAAGAUGAGCCCAGGAGCAUGCCUAACUUCUCUCAGAUGCUAAUGGGCAUCUAAUUUACAGAAUUAAGCUAGAGGCAGUCCUGAGUAAAAUCCCAGAAGCACAUAAUGAAAAGUCAAGUUUCCAGCUCAGGGCACUUUGUGCUUCAUUGUGUGCUUUAGAAGUUUGUGCAUGCAGAUUUAGAGAUUUUUGAGAUGAAUUUUACUGUAUUUGUGGGCUGAUGCUUUGGGGAUAUUGGUUGCUACUGAGCCACUUGCCUUUGAUCCAAGGGAGCUGCUCAAACUUACUUUUCACCAUACAUUCAGAUAUUAAUUAUCCGUCAUGCAGAUAACUUCAGAAAGGAAAUAGGUAUUUCAACUAAAUUCUUGUUUUGCUAGUUGCUUUACAAAAUACAUUCUGGUGUGCUUCAGAGUUGUAGUGAUGUGUGUAAGAUUUACUUCACUGAAGUGAUCAAUUAGUUUGAACUCAGAUCAAGUAAGUCCAAAGCUAAAUACAUAAGAGCUAAAAUCAGUAGUUUGGCUGACCUAUUUUUCCAAUAAGUACUAGAUAUAAUUUGUGGUAAGGGUUUUUUUUUUGUUUUGCUUUGCCUUGGUUUUUUCCCUGGUUGCUUACCUCUGUCUCUUGUUUCUCUUAGCUUAGGGGAUAAUUUUACUAAUAAGUUGUUGCAGCUUCCUGUAGAGUAAAAGCUCUUGGGAGUAGCUGAUGAAUGCUUUGCUCUGAAGGUAUUAAAUAGGAGGAGAAGAAAGUUUAGAACAUAAAAAUCUCUAUAUUUCUGGACAGUAUCCUUAAGAAAUGAUCUGCAUAUAGAUUCUGCUGGUCAAGAUUGCUGGUAAAGCUUAAUAUGUUUUUUUAGUAGUGAGCAUAAUUAAACCCUGGUAUGGGUGAUUUGGGCUUACACGACAUGAGAGUCCCACACUGCACAAACUACUGCAUGGCUUUGUUGCGAUGUUAAUUGGAGGAGUGUACAGGGGCUGUGUGUGAAAGGGUAGAUGAUGUUGAGAAGUACAUGUGUGAAGAAUCUAUGAAACACUAGGAAAGUCUUACUGUUUCAAAGCUAGCUACAACUGUAAGGUAGCAUUGCAUUUAAAAAUCCAACUCUUCCAGUUAUAUAUCUGCUGCUUUGUAGUAAGGAAGGAUUCUCUUUUAGCUGUAGCUAGGUGUGAUUUACACUAGAACCAAAGCUAUAGACUUCAACUAGUGAUGUAUAACAUACUCUUGAAACUCAGAUCUGGUUUCAGUUGUGUGAGGUUUCUUGUAAGAUCGUACUAGGACUCAUGAGAGUAUGCCUUGAGUUUAAAAUAACUCAUGAGUACUUAUUUUCUGUUGUCUGCCUCCAUCACAAACAUGUUACUCAGGAAUCUAAUUCACUUCUCUUAGUAUGCAGAGCUGAGCAGUUUUAUAUUCCAGAAGGUUUUGUUGUAUUGCUUCAGUGGUAAUUUAACUACAGUUUUAGUAGAUUUUUUAAUUUUUUUUUUUUUAUAAAAACUUAGUAUAACUUGGAGAUAGUGCUUAUUUUUGUCCUUUUCUCUUCCACCUUAUUAGGUUGCUAAUAACUUCAAAAGUGAGUGACAUUUAUUUGGGUAAUCCAUGUACAGUAACAUAAAGAUCAAAUGUUACAGUACAUCACAUCUGCCUUUUACUUCAAGUCAUAGGCAUCUACCUCCACCGUGUGGCCAUUCUGAAGAACUUUAAUGAGAGAUUUAGCUGAUAUUGAAUGGCAUUAUGGUGUCUUUUUUAUACUUUAGUUAGCAAGUGGAUAAACAGUACCGUUGGAAAGUACCAAUGCUCAAAUAUCUCUUAGUAGAAGUGUUAUAAUAAAAAAAGAAAGAGCAAAGGUGAAUAUAUUAAAGAUACUAAUUUGUGAGUAAUUCAGACUUCUAAAUCUUGUUUAAAUGAAACAGUUAAACAUUAUUUAAAAUUGAUCAAAUGAUAUUUUAGCAGAAUAUACUACAAUACCCACCUUUUUACCUGAUAGUCUGACUACAUGUGUAAAAACAAAACCAAAAACAUCCCAAAAAAUCCAAACAAGUCUUGGAUCAAUUCUCUUUAAUUUGAUUGUAGAUCACAAGACCACAGAUUAGUCUGCAGAAACGUCCUGCUUAUAUACAUGUAGCAAUAGUAAGCUGUUCAGUUACGUGAGAGACAACAACUUGGAAUCAGGAGUUGGUUUACUAAAUUUCAGACUGCAGAUGACAAGACUCUGGAAUAAACAUUCUAGAUUUCUAGUGAAAACAUCAGCCCUUCAGCAACUUUGUGGCUUUGUGAUAAUGCUUUUUUUUAAUUGUUUGAACAAGAGUAAACGAUGUUCUUUCAAUGUGAUGUGUGUCUCGGUAUCAAAGUGCCAACAGUGUCAAACUUCUGUAUAUAUAAAUUGGAGUUCAGUUGGUGAAGUUACUUUUAAGAAUGAAUGUGUAAUGAUUUUGUAAAGUGUUUUUUGCCUUCUAUUAAGGAAUCCUUUUGACUCAAAUAUGUUUCCAUGUAAUGUGUAUAAAUUAUGCUUCUAUCAACAGAGUUGUAUUUUCCACUUUUCUGCUAGUAAAACUCGUAUUGAAAUCAAGAGCAUGUCUGAGAAGCUGUAAAUUCAUAUGUCCUGUAUAAUGUCAUCAGGUAUCUUGAUUCUUUAAGUGCUUCAGGUUUGUGACUGAAUUUUUAGCCAUAAAUAAAGAGUUAUUACUGAUGUAAGCAGAUGCAAUUGAAGUGACCCCAACAUUCUGUCUCUGUAGAUGAAGUGUUGUUUUUAAUUUGUUACGGUCCUUUUGUGCAUGAAAUUGGAAACUGUCUUCUGAUUAGAAACAGCAUAAAAGUAAGGAAUUACUCUGAAUAGUCAUGGGUUUAUUUUGCUCAAUUGUUUGUAGGAUCAGGUUUUGUUAUUGUUUACUGCUGAAAGGAGUUUAUGACCAUAUCUUUCACUGUAGGGGUGAAUUGAAUUUUUGAUGUGAAAAAUAGAGAACGUUUUAAUGAUUUUUU